UCCUGAGCCUGCCGCCCAUCACUCCUGGGUGAGUCGGUGCCCACAACCAUUGUGACAGAGAGAGUCAGACUUGGGUCCAGUCCUGCAAGCACGCACCAUAACAGAAUGACUCUGCUAAUAAUGGACCCAGCAGAGUCCUACUGCGUUGGAGAGACUGACUGCUCUGCUUUCUCUGUCCGAAACAUGGAACAGCCAGAAGAAAGCAGUGUACCCCAGAGAGGCUUUGGCCGGGAGAUGGUGGUGCCUGUUGGGAAUCUUCUGAAGAAAGGAAGACCUUCAGACUCAUUCAAUACUGACCAGCGUCUUCAGCCAGGCCAGCUCGACCCAAACCACGUUGGCAUUCCCGAUCUGAGUUUCAAGAUGUAUCCUGAAACCUUUGAGCAACCUUUCGAAUUCCAGAAAUUCCUGAAACCACCUCUGGUCUUUAGAUUGAUGAAAGGGCCACCUGAUUUCUUGGCCAAGAGAACAGAAAGCUCACAUCUGUCUAACCAAGCAGAACUGUCUGAUCUGCCAGAGGUGCACAGAGAACAUGGAGAUGAAGAAAAUGGGGUUGUGUUUCCCAUGGGGAGGAGAAAUUUUGAUGUUCUCCGCUGUAUGCUGGGACGUGUGUACCGACCUUGCUGGCAAAACUGACCACCACGUUAAUGGCACGCAGGGAAACUCAACACAACUUUCAUUCUUGCUUCGCUCCAAGUGGCCAUCGUCAUUCAUCUGUGCUCC